UUACCAGGUAGUCCUUUAAACCUACAGGCGACUUUUGCACAAUAUUUAAAGACAAUCAAUUGACUAUUGAACUGAUUUUUAGUUCAUUCAUUCAUUCCCUUACCCUUUCCAGUCAUUCCACCGCCAUAGUUGCUCAUUCUUUUUUCGUGCACGGCGACGAACGCACGCGCUCCUUUAGCUCCGCAGCUACGAACAUAUCGUACUCAAAAAUGUCUAAGCGCACAGCUAAAGAAAAAUUAAUUCACUAUCGUGAAAAAAUCAAGAGACUUGAACAAAUUUAUGAUUCGUCUUCAUCGGAAGAUGAAGAUGUUGUAAUGGACCCUGACGGUCCCAUACUGGCUCAUGAUCCUAUUAUACAGGAACCACAAAGAAACAUCGAAAAUCCCGAACCGGAACAUAAUAGUAGUGUACCGAUGUCGGACCAUAAUAACGGGAUUAUUGUACCUGAAAAUCAGGCAGAUUUACCGAUGUCGUCAGCUCAACCCGAGCUCGCUCCAGACAUGCUGCUCGCACUCGGAGAGUCCACAGAGGACACCCCGGAAUACGGCGAAAACAUCCACGACAAUCUAACGAAACUUUGGUCACCGUUACUUAAAAAAGGCAUGACGACCGAAGCUAGAGAUAAAAUCUUAAAAGACUAUUUGGUUCCCGACAACUGCCGGUUGUUACAAGCACCAAAAUUAAACGUGGAGAUUUCAGCAGCCGUACCCGAUAUGGUUCGUAACCGAGACAAAAAUCUGGCCGCGACGCAGCAGCAACUCGGCAACGGAAUCGCUGCUAUUAACAGGGCCAUGGAUAUUCUAAUCAAAUGCGCCGAUCCCAACGGAAUCAGAGCUAUGAAACACCUCAGCAACGGUUGCCGUAUUCUGUGUGACAUCCAUGCGUCACUUACUCAGAAUCGAAUAAAACUCAUCACCCCUAGUCUCGAUAAGUCGUUCUUGCAAGUUAUUCAAGAUACAGAACGUGAUGAAACGCUGUUCGGCAAUAAAUUGGCUGAAAAAAUCAAGGCGGCGAAGACCAUUGAAAAACAAGGUCUUCAAAUUAAGAAAACGUCUCCAAAGAAACCCGCGACGGCACAACCGUCGACAAACCGAGCGUCGUACUCGGGAAACUGGACAGCGCCCCCUCGUUACGCGUCGAACAGGGGGGGGCGGAGAGGUGCUCGCAGGCAGGCGAGCUACAGCCGUCGGGCGCUUCCGGACGCACAGCCGGCCAAGGCGGCCCCUGCGACCAAGACGAGCGCCCAGACACCGUAACACAGGGACUGCCAUCCCCUACACAAUGGGUUUACCCUGGCGGUCGAGAAGCACUUCGACAGUCCUUCAGUCGAAGAGGCACCCCGCCAGAGGCUAUAACACUGAUGUUGGCAUCACUUUCCGAUAAAACAAUACUGCAAUACGAAGUUACCUA